UUCAGGAGGAGGAAGAGAGUUCAUCAUUUCAUUUCUACACCCGGAGAGACACACAGCGAGAGAGAAAAUCCGCAGCGACGUCUGUUAGUCUGUCAUCCGCUGAAAACGAUGCCACCAUCACCAGCCUCAUCGAUGGAAUAAUGGGGCAGAUCGUGGAAUCGUCCGGCUCACCAGGGAGCACCAACGCUGACCACUGCACGAGCGUGACAUCGGAGGGUCUUCAGGUGGCCUCGUCUAAGCUGACUGAUUCCGUCCUGGACGAGACAGAGGCCACUUCUGGUAAACAGGAGGAUAAUCUAAAAUCCACCAGAAGCAACUGGAGAUCAAAGCUUCAACCAGCCUUGAAGUUCUUGGUUCAUCUGAACAUUAAGAACAGGAACCCGAUCGUUCGCAAAAUCCCCAAGGAGGAGCUACCUGCUGAAGCUCCAGCUGAAGAACCAACUAGCCCAACAGAGAAGAAAAUUAAGAAGGACCAGAUGAGCACCAACGCCCCCCUGUCCGAAAACGUGAACGAGGACGUUGAGUGCACUGACCCCUGCACGAGCGCCACAUCGGAGGGUCUUCAGGUGGCCUCGUCUAAGCUGACCAACUCUGUCCUGAAUGAGACAGAGGGCACUUCUGGUAAACAGGAGGAGAAUCUAAAAUCCACCAGAAGCGACUGGAAAUCAAAGUUUCAACCAGCCUUGAAGUACCUGGUUCAUCUGAACAUUAAGAACAGGAACCCGAUCGUUUGCAAAAUCCCCAAGGAGGAGCUACCUGCUGAAGCUCCAGCUGAAGAACCAACUAGCACCACAGAGAAGAAGAAGAAGGACCAGAUCCUGGCAUUCUUCAGAAGAUCCUGGAGGACCAUGAAGAGGAUCUUCACCAAGCGAUCUAACAAAAUCUCCCCCGCCUAAUUUCCCCACAAUUUAGUACAAGGAUCAAAAUUAUAUUCUUUACUCAGCUAGAUAGCACGUUCUCUGAAAAUUCUCCCUGCAAGAGCAUUUUGGUGAGGAGCAGAAGACUCUGCAGAACUUUAAUCAUCUCUUUCCACCUUCAGGACUUCAGCCUUUAUCAAUGUGAAGAUGUCAUUUUCUUUGCCAUCUGCCUGGCACUGCUGCGUUCUGCCCCAUGUUCAUCCUUCCAGACUUGGACUGGUCCAUCUUGUUCCCUUCCCUUCCCUUCUUGGUUCUUGGCUGAGAGCUUCAUAUUUGAGAGCUCCGCUGGACCGGAAUGUUCUCCGGUGAUCUUUGGGUGGGGGACUCUUAACGUUUCACAGUCUUUGCUGCCAUUCUGAACUACUCGGUGCAGGAUACGAUUGCUGUUCCACAGACUUUGGUUCCAUCAUGAUACCAGAGUCUGUGGUUCCUGGUGUUUGUGAGAACUGUUGGUUGCUCGUGGUGGUGGUGUUGGAUUUCUGAUUGAAUUCUGGGACUGUGUGAGCUGAGCUCCAUCUUCAUAGAUGCUGGGCUCCUCCAAUACCAGGAUUCUCACUUCACCACUCCAUACAGAGCAUCAUUGGUUCCUGGUGUUUGUGAAAACAGUUGGUUGCUUUUGGUGGUGGUGUUGGAUUUCUGAUUGAAUUCUGGGACUGUGUGAGCUGAGCUCCAUCUUCAUAGAUGCUAGGCUCCUCCAAUACCAGGAUUCUCACUUCACCACUCCAUACAGAGCAUCAUUAGUUAGCUCAGCACCAUCAUAUCCUUGACGUGUACCUGCCCAAUAUGGUUCUACCCUGUGGAACUCUUAGAUCUGGAGGAUUGAAUUAUUUUCACUCGGGGGCAGAACAGAGCUCCGUGGCUAAAAAAGCUGAAGACGUGACGCCACUCCUCACCCAGGUUUUGCUAUCAGACGUCUAUCUAGCUGAGGACGUGAAUAUAAUUUGAUCUACAAGCCCCCAGACGCGGAACUCUCCCAGACUGCUUUCUUCUCUUCCCUUUCCUUUCUUCUCCAUCAAAUAAAGUUCCUGUCAGAUGAA